AUGGGGUCCCUUGGCGGAAUCUCCCCCGGAGGGACAAUCGCCAUCGGAAUCAUCGUCGGUCUUUUAUCCACCAGUGUCCAGAGUCUGGGCCUGACCCUACAACGAAAAUCGCACAUCCUCGAAGACGAAAAGGGACCUCAUGAAGUACGAAGGCCGCCUUACCGGAGGGGUAGAUGGCAGUUGGGCAUGGGCAUGUUCAUCGCCGCCAAUCUGCUCGGCAGCUCCGUCCAGAUUUCGACCCUCCCACUCCCCGUCCUUUCGACACUACAGGCCUCCGGGCUCGUUUUUAACUCGAUAUGCGCUACCUUGAUACUCAGCGAGCCCUUCACGCGAUGGUCGCUCUGGGGCACUUUGCUGGUUUGCGCCGGCGCCGUGCUCAUUGCAAUCUUUGGCGCCAUUCCCGCGCCCGCGCAUAACCUCCAGGAGCUCCUCGAGCUGCUCGGCCGCCGGCCUUUCAUAGUGUGGAUGAUCAUGCAGGCCCUGCUUGUGCUAUCGAUCGCCAUCACCGUCGACUGCCUGGACGCCUUCACAAGCAUGUCGCUCAACUCGCGGUUCCGCUUCGCCCGCGGUCUCGCCUACGGGUGCAUAAGCGGCAUCCUAUCCGCGCACUCUUUGCUGGUCGCCAAGUCUGCCGUCGAACUCAUCAUUAAGACGAUCGCCGACGGCAACAACCAGUUCGUUCACUGGCAGGCUUGGGUCCUUGUUCUGGCACUGAUCACGCUCGCCCUGAGCCAGCUGUACUACCUCCACCGCGGUUUAAAGCUUGUCUCGACCUCGGUCUUGUAUCCCUUGGUCUUUUGCAUAUAUAACAUCAUUGCGAUCCUGGAUGGCUUGAUUUACUUCAAGCAGACCGAUCUCAUCAGCCCUCUACGUGGCGGUCUUAUCGCACUCGGAACCGUCAUCCUAUUAUCAGGUGUGUUGGCGCUGUCAUGGCGCCUCAGCGACGAACAACAUACUCCCGGCGUUGGUCAGUCAUCCCUGGCUCCCGGCCUGGGUCUCGUGGAGGACACGGAAGAUGAGGAGGAGUCUCUUCUGGGCGGCGACGACUUGUACAGCCUCCACGAGGAAGACGACCCCCUCCCCGCAUCGUACUCAACGUUCAACGUGACAAGCGGCGAAACCACACCGCUCACGCCCAACCGCAAGAAGACGGGCAGGAGGUGGCAAGAACGCGCCGAGAUCUGGGGCGAGCUAGAGGACCGCGAUACACCCAGCACGCCCAUCUCCCGCAGACGCUCCAGCACGAUGCCGGACAUCACAGAAUCCACCUCCCUCCUCGGCCACCGCCGCACCAGCGGCACACAACUGCAGGCACCGUCGUCAGCAGAGGCAGGCCCAAGCGGCGAGUCCCCCUCGCAACGCAGACCCGUGGGGCGAAGAAGGCGUAAGUCCACGGGGUUCCCCGGUUUCACAGCCCGCCGCCGCCGCAAGAGCCAGAGCAGCCAGCCCUCACUGCAGGACGCGCUGGGCGGUUUCUGGAAGCUCAAGUGGUGGCGGUCCGGUAGGGAGGGGGAAGAUGGCGCACCUCCGUCGAGCAGCGGGAGCGGCAGUAUAUGGCCCGUGUUCCGUGACGAUCCACGGCCCGACAGCAGUAGCAGCGCGCAAGGGGGACGGAGAGAAAAUGGCGGCGGCGACGAUGAGCCUCAGCAUGAUAGGGGGCGGGGCGGCCGGCCGAGUGAUGAUUCGCCUGUAUGA